AUGGCACUUUUGCUUCUCCAUUUAUCUGAACUAGUACUGGCAACGCCAGCAGACGAUGAACAUAUCCCGACAGAUCUGAUGAAAUCAUUAUUUUCCCAGAGAGCCUCUGUGCCAGGCACCCUCCUAAUCACCGAAUCUAAUCUCACAUCAAAGAAAAACGAUGAUCUGCGAAAUAUGCCGGGGCUUUCCACUCGUAAACAAACAGCUGCUUGGAAAACGAUUGUCGAAGAAAUCCACCUGAGAGCAAGCUUCAUCUUUGCACAACUACGCGUUAUAAAUGGCGAAAUGGUUGAAAAGGAGGGAGCCGAUAUGAGAAGUACCAGCACUCUGGCCUUGGAAACAGGAUUUUUACAAGCUUCUAAGAAUGUAGUCGGCGCGAGUUUUGAAGGUGUGGAACUUCUUGGUGAAAAUGGCGACUUUAUCGACACUCUAUUCAACGGGAUACCGAUCAAAUUUACAAAUGUUAUGAAAAGGGUGGAUAGCUUGGGUAUCGCGUAUAUUCACUUGAAUGAACUACACUUCGCAGAUCAGAAUGGUGUUCGGGAAAAUGAACGGUUGGGAUUUGCGUACAACGCUUUCAGAGGGCCGAUCCUUGUAGAAGGUGGUUAUACGUCAAAGCUAGCCCAGAAGCUUGUCGAUGAACGACAUCCUGAUAAAGAUAUUGUGCGUAUGUUUGGAAGAUAUUCCACAUCAAAUCCAGAUCUUGUUUUCAGUAUGGAUAUUGAUAUAAGUUGA